GCUCAAGCCGCCUUAUGGCGCUGACCGAGGGCGCCAGGCUGGGGGCCUGGGAAGCGCAGGGAGAGGCCCCGGGGCGCGCGCCUCGGCGCUGGGCGCUGGCGCUGCUCGGGCUGACGGCGGCGUUGAGUUGGCCGCGGGCCUCGGGCGGCCUCUCCCGCCGCCACUGGCCGGUGCCCUACAAACGCUUUUCCUUCCGUCCAGAACCAGACCCUUAUUGUCAAGCUAAGUACACUUUCUGUCCCACUGGCUCACCAAUCCCAGUUAUGAAGAGUGAGGAUGUCAUUGAAGUCUUUCGAUUACAAGCUCCAGUGUGGGAAUUUAAAUAUGGAGACCUCCUGGGACAUUUGAAAGUUAUGCAUGAUGCCAUUGGAUUCAAGAGUACAUUAACUGGCAAGAACUACACAAUGGAAUGGUAUGAACUUUUCCAGCUUGGCAACUGUACAUUUCCCCAUCUGCGGCCUGAAAUGAAUGCCCCUUUCUGGUGUAAUCAAGGAGCUGCCUGCUUUUUUGAAGGAAUUGAUGAUGUCCAUUGGAAGGAAAAUGGGACAUUAGUUUUAGUAGCAACCAUAUCAGGAAGCACAUUUAACAAAAUGGCAAAGUGGGUGAAACAGGACAAUGAAACAGGAAUUUAUUAUGAAACAUGGACUGUCCAAGCCAGCCCUAUAAAAGGAGCAGAGACGUGGUUUGAAUCCUAUGACUGUUCAAAGUUUGUGUUAAGGACAUAUGAAAAGUUGGCUGAAUUUGGAGCAGAGUUCAAGAAGACAGAAACCAACUAUACAAGAAUAUUUCUUUACAGUGGAGAACCUACUUAUUUGGGAAAUGAAACAUCUAUUUUUGGGCCAACAGGAAACAAGACACUUGCUUCAGCCAUAAAAAAAUUUUAUUACCCCUUCAAACCACAUUUAUCAACUAAAGAAUUUCUGUUGAGUCUGUUGCAAAUUUUUGACUCAGUGAUUAUGCAUAAAUGUUUCUAUUUGUUUUAUAAUUUUGAAUAUUGGUUUUUACCUAUGAAAUUCCCUUUUAUUAAAAUCAUAUAUGAAGAAAUCCCUUUACCUAACAGACAGAAAACAUUCACUGGUUUAUAGAACCUUAACUCUACUACUCAUUUUUUCCCUCCAACCACUAGCAUAUCACUUUUUCAUUUUUACAUUUGUGGGUUUGUUAGCCUUUCUUCCUUGAGGCGGAAAGGUAAACUGUAUAUUGGCAGAUUUGCAGCACAUUAACAUUUCAGAACUUUUUGAGAAAAAGCUGAAACCCUUAUUAUAUUGGCCAGAGCGAGCAUGUUAAAUGUCUUGAUUUCAAUUUCCAAGCCUUUGUUACUACUGAGAAUUAUGGCUCGUAUUAGGUAUGUAGGUUCUUUGUUUUCAAUAGUGACAUUUUCUUGGUGGGAGCUACUUCUCUUGGUAUGAUAUUUUUUCAUUUAAGUGCUUUUUGGUAGUUUAGACUGACUUUAUAGCUUUUAUAACUUUUGCAACCAGGUAUAAUAAUCUGGCUGCAUUCCAUUCACCUGGCUUUAAAGAUUUGUUUAGCCACCUAAGCUGGAGUAGUUGUGCUUUCGGAUAUGAUACAGUGUUACAAGAACAAAAUUUCUGGAUUUAAGCAGAGUAACAUUUCUAACCCUUAGUUUCCUUCUCUCUAAAAUGACUGUCAUAAAAGAUUAUGUCAGGAUUGUUACAAAGAUUGAAGUCACUUUAUAUCUGGUGUAGGAAGUUCACAAUGAAUUGUAGCUGUAAUGAUUAAUCAAAGAAUAAAGUAUCAUCCUUUAUCUUGCCUAAUGUAGAUUUCAUGUCAGCGUUUUCCAGGUUUUUCCAUCACCUAAACUUUGAGCUGAUACUGUAAUACUUCAGCAGUUCUUCAGACAUCUGGGACACCGAAGUAUCUGGCUGCAGCCAUGUGAAAGUAUCUCCCUUCUCCCACUGGUGUUAUCAGUGCAGUGAAAGUGGGUGCACUUCCCAGAGAGAGGACAGGUUUCUGUAAAGGAUCUUCAAGUAGCUAUACUUGCAUUAGGGCCAUCAAACACACUCAAGGUUCUUUAAGUAUGUUAUGCUCAACUGUAUAUUUAUUUUUUAGCUCAUGAAAAACACCAGUAAGUUGAUAGAGUGAUGAUCAGAGAAAACAACCUGUUUAAUAUGUAAAUGCACCAAUUACAUUAUUCAGUUUCAGCAAACACAUGAGUGCUUCCUGAGAGGUGGUUAGUGCAUUAUCACUAAGCUCUCAUAAAAAGCCUAAUCAUUGAUAUUACUUACCUGACCCAAAUGAGAAAAUUGGGGCUUAGACAGGUUAACUUCCUUUCCAUGGCUACCUCACUAGUAGUAAGGGAGUCAGAUUUUGAACUCAGGUCUGUUUUUCAGUUAUAUUCUUAACUGUAGCCCUUGAACCAGUGCCUGUCCACCAAAUAUUACUAGUCUGUGGGGAGAUGUAAGUACAGAUAUUGAUAGGAAGCAUUUAGAAACUCUUAAAGCUGUUUGAUGGAUAUUUUUUCUAUUUAAUCUAAUAAAAAAAAAUCUCUGGGGCUUGUA